ACGACCUAGAAAGAGCGUCACACGAAAAAGGGCAGCGUGGCGACUCUCAUUCUUCUCUCUGCUUGUACAAUCGCUCGGUUAAAUCGCAGGAGAAAAAGUUUAUUUCUAAAUAAACAGAACGCAUUUUAAGUAUAGAAUAAGUGUAUGAUAAAUUUAAGAAAAAAUAUAUAAUGACGGAUACGGCUAAAAAAGUUAUUAAAUGUAAAGCUGCAGUAGCAUGGAGACAAAAGGAGCCUUUAUCUUUAGAAGAAAUCGAGGUAGCACCACCAAAGGCACAUGAAGUUCGAAUUAAAAUAGUAGCUGUAGCACUUUGUCAUACAGAUGCUUACACUCUAAAUGGAUUAGAUCCAGAAGGAAUAUUUCCUUGUAUACUUGGUCAUGAAGGCAGUGGCAUUGUAGAAAGUGUUGGAGAAGGUGUUACCGAGUUUCAGUCUGGUGACCAUGUUAUACCACUUUAUAUUCCCCAAUGUAACAAUUGUAAAUUCUGUAAAUCAUUGAAAACAAAUUUAUGCAGCAAAAUCCGCGAAACUCAGGGUAAAGGUUUAAUGCCUGAUGGUACAUCUCGGUUCACAUGUAAAGGACAAACAAUUGCACAUUUUAUGGGCUGUUCCACCUUUUCUGAAUAUACAGUAGUAGCUGACAUUUCUCUCGCAAAGAUUAAUCCUAUAGCACCAUUGGACAAAGUUUGCCUAUUAGGCUGUGGAAUAUCUACAGGCUAUGGUGCAGCUUUAAAUACUGCAAAGGUAGAGCCUGGAAGUACUUGUGCUAUAUGGGGUUUAGGAGCUGUAGGUCUUGCUGUAGCAUUUGGUUGCAAGAAAUCUGGUGCAUCUCGUGUCAUUGGAAUAGAUAUUAAUCCAGCCAAAUUUGAACAAGCUAAAAUUUUUGGAUGUACAGAAUUUAUCAACCCUAAAAAUUAUAAUAAACCUAUUCAACAAGUGUUAAUCGAGAUGACUGAUGGUGGACUAGAUUAUACUUUUGAAUGCAUUGGAAAUGUAAAUACUAUGAGGGCUGCAUUGGAAUCUUGCCACAAAGGAUGGGGUGUUUCCAUAAUAAUAGGAGUAGCUGCAGCUGGGCAGGAGAUCAGUACUAGACCAUUCCAAUUGGUUACAGGACGAGUGUGGAAAGGUACUGCAUUUGGAGGAUGGAAAUCAAAGCAAAGCAUACCGAAAUUGGUCGAAGAAUAUUUAUCAAAAAAAUUGAUUCUUGAUGAAUUUAUUACACAUAAUUUUCCCUUUGAAAAAAUCAAUGAAAGCUUUGAUAUAUUGCAUUCAGGAAAUUGUUUGAGAGCCGUUCUUAAAUAUUAAUAAUACAUUUCUUAUUUUAUGCUGCAAAAUAAGCCUAUUAAGAGAUCUAACAUGUAUCUCUCUUCUCUCUUCAAUCUAUAUAAAGAAAAAAAUUUAGAAUAU